CCGUGCAACAAACAAAGUAGCGAAGCAUGAGUGAAAACGACGGCAUACACAUCGAGUACGCGGACGAACAUGAGUUGAUACGUGAAUUUCGACGCUUUAUGAGCGAUCCCGAAACGAGAGAAAAGGCUGGAAACUAUCUUUACGAGUCACUGGUGGACGAAACCAUCCUGGGCGUUGUGUACGAGGUUCACCAUGCCCACAAAACGGGCUCUAGUGCGGCGGUGGACGGCGAGCCGGAGGACAACAAGCCGUACACGAUUGUGGAUCUGCCCGAUAUGGACGUGUUUGGGUCGUCGAACACGAAGAAAGCGAUUGAUUGUCACUGCCCGAACUGUAACCGCAUUGUAGCCGCAUCGCGAUUUGCUCCGCAUUUGGAAAAGUGCAUGGGCAUGGGAAGGAAUUCCUCACGUAUCGCUAGCAGACGGAUUGCGAAUACGAGGGACGUCGGAAGUGGUAGCUACUUUGGUGGUGACGAGGACGACGAAGACGAUGCCGACUGGUCUGGGGAGAAGCGGAAAAAGAAAAUUUCCCAGGUCCGAACUAAUGGUAGUAAAAAGAAUGGAAAAACCUCAUGAAAGUAGGUUGGCUCGCGGAGUUGACGCGGACAAACGGCGCGUGGCUGGCGAAUGAACGGAAUUACAGGACUAUUUGGUGUUUGUCAGCGUGUCCUAACGCUGGUGAAGGGUCGCACGGUUCAGCGCAAGUCCCAAGAGUUGAUGACCUCAAACAUUGUGUUAAAUUCUUUCGGGGGAUGAUGAAAAAUGAAGACACUAUGUUGCCAGCCCGAACACGGUUUGAUUUGCCUUUAGCACUUUUUACGCAGCUGAACAGUGUUAGACAGUAAUUAAUCAAACAUGUUCACCGGAGACGAAACUAUCCCAUUUGCGAUGUGCAGCGAUUUGCCAAACAGAUCUGCAUUUCAGGUAGCGUGGUGGUGGCCCACCAAUAUUUUAAUUAAUGCCGAAAAAAUACUAUACCGUGCAGAUGUUACGGCAGGGAACAAUAAGAAAAAUAACCAUUACUUCCAUAUUGUAUUUGUGUAAACAUAAAGAAACUAGAAAGAAAAACACUAAAAAUAAACU